GCUGUAAACGACGAGAUCCGCCCGCCGUGCGCACUGCUGUUUGCUCCGCAACGAACGAACGGACUGUUUGUGUUGCCUGAGGAGGCGGUAGCUGCGCGCGCUGCCUGAAGGAAGGCGCUUUAUAGUUUAUUGAUGGAACACACGUAGCAGACAGUCUCCGCAGCCACAAACACACCUGGCUGGUGCAGAGACACACACCGACACGAACGUUAACGUUUUAAGCCAGCACUGACUGUGCCAGUGUGUCCUGGGCACGUAGUGGACUCGGUGCUGCGGCUGGAGCGCUGGGGACGGACAGCGGAAAACGGACAUGAUUUGAUGGUGCUCAGGUGACACAACCCUCAGGACACUUGGAGAAGCCGGUCCCUCGGUGAAGACGGCGUGCCCGCAACUGGCACUCCAGCACAAGACACGACGACAUGUUAAUAAUGAAAUAAUUAUAAGCACCGAGGAGAGAACUCGUCUCAAACAUGAGGAGCUAGAUCAGUGGAAAGCCCGCCGCGUUGCGAGCGUCGCGAGCGAGGGAAGGAGGAGCAGAGAGGCGCGCGCGAAGCAGGACUGAGGAGAAGCCCUGCAUGGAGUGGCGGGAAGAUGAGCGCCUUGAUGUUCGUCGCCACUUUCUCUACGUGUCUUUUCACCUCAGUGUGCUCUUUGCAGAUGCAGUGCUACCACUGUGAGGAGAGUCUCUUGGAGAAUGACUGUUCUGCUCCUCAGUUCAUUGUCAACUGCACGGCCAACAUUCAGAAUGCCUGCCAGAAGGAAGUAAUGGUGGGGACCAACGGUGUCUCUUACCGGAAGGCCUGUGCUUCCUUCACCACCUGUCUGAUUGUGUCUGCAGGAUAUCAGUCCUUUUGCUCACCUGGCCACGUUGGCUCCGUCUGCAUCAGCUGCUGCAACACCCCCCUCUGCAACGGGCCUCGCCCUCCCCGCAUUUCCAGGGCUCAUGCCCUCCACCUCUCCUGCCUCCCAGUCCUCCAGCUGACUGUGUACAUGGUCAGCAGACUGGCUGUGCUGCUGUGACCACAACCACCUGGAGAUGGGAGCAGGGCAAGCAUCCUUGAGUACAUGAUAUUUGUAUAUCAGGCAUUCCUCAAGUUGAGUUCCAGGCACACGGAGACAGAGGUAUCCUGUUGAGGCAGAAAUGCAUGCACACAAACUCAGUUAAAAUAUGAAAGCAAAGUAUAGUUCAGAGCACUCGACCGACCAGCAUUCACCCAUUUGUUUUACAUGACUCGGUGAAACUCGUCCAAACCUGAGAGGUCCGUGAAAAGCUGGCAUAGCUGUAAACACCGAUCGAGCAGGAUCUGCCAUACUUAUCCAUGUUUCACCAGUGUCUCUUUCUGCUGUAGUCCGCUGAUGCAAUCAGCAAGUCUCUGCAUGGAGCAGAGGACAGUACCACUCCGACAGUGCAGAACGGGAACUCGUUUUCUCGCUGAACUAAGAUUCGCUUACUGAAACCAAUUACUUCAGAUUUAUCUAUCAUGUUACUAAGUGCCACCGAAUUGAAGUCAAAUUUGGUGACCACACAGCGUGCCUCCAGAAUUUGCUCUCCACCUCGUUUCUGGUAGUCUUUUUUUCCUUCAUACUUUGCAAGCAUUUAUUGUCUUUCCGAUAGAAGUCUCUUGUCCAUGAAAAUAUGAGAAAUGUUAGUAAAGAAAGCUGAAAGCAGAGGGUAUGUGGUUUCAGUUACUGUUACAAUUAAUACACUUUAAAAAAUUAUGAAAAAUGAACACCAUGUAAAUGUUGCCAUGUCGUUAAAGUAAAAUAAAUGGUUGCUUUAUGACAUUUUCUUCACAAAGACAAGUGAAAUUACUUUUGUUUGCAAAACCUAAUCUGCAUGUGACAAGGCGGUCAUGUUUAGCAAGUGUUCACAAAGUACAAAUGAUAGCACUGAAAUGUUUAGUUUGUAGGAUGGCCUUUUUAGACUAAAAUUAUUUGCACUGUCAAAAAUGAACUGCUUACCUAUUGCAAGCAGACUUACUCCAUAUGCAUUAUAAUAUAGGUCACAGAACAAGAACAAUAAUUAAAAUUUUUUAAAUAUUGUAACUUACUUUCACCCAGAAUUUUUGCAUACUCAGUACAAAUAAACUUUACACAAUGUUAAUUCAAUCAGUUUAUUUUGACAAAUGUAUACCCUUUUAUUAAUUAAGCAAAAAUGUAAUGGCAGUUUCUACUGAAGAAAAAGUGGUCUCCUCACAAGUGUUAACAUAUGCUUUUCUCCCAUUUCUAGAGAGAUGUGCAUAACUGAUGCAGAUGUGGUAAAUAAUUCAUAUUGGCACUUCCAAGGAAGAAAGACUUCAAGUAAAAGGGAGAUAUGUAUUUGAAAUGGUAACUUUUGAGCUCCUCUUAAACUUAAUAUAGUUUGUCCACUCAGAAACUUGAACUACACAGCUAGCCUGAUUUAAAUGCAGGGAGAAUAUGGGUGAUUGUGAGAAUGCACAACAGGAAUCAUAAUAUGGACAGUGUAUAUGACUGGUGACCAAAAAAAAAAAAAAAAAUGGCUGCAACUGAGAAUAUGCUUCUCUUCCCCAUCAUAGAUGUAUAUACCUUCUUCUGAAGUAUUCUACUGGAUCACUGGAGGAAUCAAAACCUUUUGGUAACUACAGUAGAUGGGCAGGCAGUGAACUGUGAGUGGCUCUUCAGAACCGAAGAGAUGAAAACAUUGUGAAA